UUGACCCAUUCCAACCGCAGUCCCUCAAGAGUUGCAGCCAUAGCUAAAAUAGCUCCGAACUUUGUCUUCCUGCAGUUCAUCGAGUCAUCUCUAUCUCAAAUCUCAACUCUCCAAUUCCUUGACUGAAGACAUCGAAUUUUUUUUCUCCUGUUGUUUCUGCAGGUUAAGAGUUCAUCUUCAAUCAAAUGGACGAUCCUUCAAGGGAUGAGGGGAGCAGCACCAUUAGGAUCCUGGUUGCUACGGACUGUCACUUGGGCUAUAUGGAGAAGGAUGAAGUACGCAGGCAUGAUUCAUUUCAGGCGUUUGAAGAGAUAUGUUCAAUUGCGGAGAAAAAACAGGUGGACUUUGUGCUUCUCGGUGGUGAUCUGUUUCACGAGAAUAAGCCAUCCAGGGCAACACUGGUGAAAGCCAUUGAGAUUCUUCGCCGCUAUUGUCUCAAUGAUCAACCGGUGCAAUUCCAAGUUGUUAGUGACCAGACAGUGAACUUUGCUAACCUAUUUGGUCAUGUAAAUUAUGAAGAUCCUCACUUUAAUGUGGGGUUGCCUGUUUUCAGCAUUCAUGGCAAUCACGAUGAUCCAGCUGGUGUGGACAACCUAUCUGCAGUUGACAUCCUUUCGGCAUGCAAUCUUGUCAAUUAUUUUGGUAAAAUGGAUCUCGGUGGUUCUGGUGUUGGACAGAUCGCUCUGCACCCUAUUCUUAUCAGGAAGGGUUUAACAUCAGUUGCUCUUUAUGGUCUUGGGAAUAUCAGAGAUGAACGGUUGAAUAGAAUGUUUCAAACACCACAUGCCGUGCAAUGGAUGCGACCUGAGGCUCAGGAAGGGUGUCAAGUGUCAGACUGGUUCAACAUUUUGGUACUUCACCAAAAUAGAGUAAAGACAAAUCCAAAAAAUGCAAUAAAUGAGCAUUUCCUGCCUCGGUUUCUGGAUUUUAUUGUGUGGGGUCACGAACAUGAAUGUUUAGUGGAUCCUCAGGAGGUUCCAGGUAUGGGUUUUCACAUUACUCAGCCAGGUUCAUCUGUUGCGACAUCACUGAUUGAGGGUGAAUCUAAACAAAAACAUGUACUUCUAUUAGAAAUUAAGGGAAAUCAAUAUCGUCCAACAAAGAUACCUCUGAACUCAGUGCGUCCUUUUGAAUAUACUGAGGUUGUGCUGAAGGAUGAACCUGAUAUUGAUCCUAAUGAUCACAGUUCGAUUCUUGAACAUUUGGAUAAAGUAGUCAGAAAGUUGAUAGAAAGAUCUAGUCAAAAGGCUAAUAAUGGAUCUGUUGUAAAGCUCCCUUUAGUUCGAGUAAAGGUAGACUACUCUGGAUUUAUGACUAUAAAUCCUCAAAGGUUCGGACAAAAAUAUGUGGGAAAGGUUGCCAAUCCACAGGAUAUUCUCAUAUUCUCAAAAUCUUCCAAAAAGGUUGGCAAGGAAGCUAAAUUUGAUGAUUCUGAGCGGCUUCGCCCUGAAGAAUUGAAUCAGCAAAACAUUGAAGCUUUAGUUGCUGAGAGCAAUUUGAAAAUGGAGGUACUUCCAGUCAGCGAUCUGGACGUUGCCCUGCACAAUUUUGUUAACAAGGAUGACAAAAUGGCUUUUUAUUCUUGUGUACAAUACAACCUUGAGGAAACUCGAAGCAAAAUAGCUCGUGAUUCAGAUCCGGUGAAAUUCGAAGAAGAUGAUAUAAUUUUAAAAGUUGGAGAGUGCUUAGAGGAACGUGUCAAAAAAAGAACUGAAAGAAAUAAAGAUGAUCAACCUUUCUCCUUUAGUGGACAGUCUUUGGAGGAUAUUAGAGGCAAAAGUACUGGAGUAGGAUCUGCAGUUUCAUUCAGUGAUGAUGAGGAUGCCUCUAUGCACUCCGCCUCAAAAUCUACUGCUGGAAAAGGAAGGAAAGAGUCAUCUCAAUCUUUUAAAUCCUCUCGUGAAGCUUCUGAAGUUGGCAAGACCUCUUCAAGGGGAAGGGGUAGGGGUAGAGGCAGAGGAAGUGCUUCCAAUAGCUUGAAGCAGACAACCCUUGAUGCAUCUCUGGGAUUCCGUCAGUCACAGAGAUCUGCAUCAAUUGCUGCAUCUGCGUCAGUUCGAAGUAUUGCUGCAGAUGAUGAGAAUGUGGAAUCCCCUUCAAGUGAUGAAGAUGCCAAACAGGACACUAACGUUAUUGACGAAAGCUCAGAUGAUGAUAAGACAGUUCAGGGCAAAGGACGCAAAAGGGCUGCUCCAAGGGGAAGGGGUAGAGCUUCAGCAACAGCGGCUAAAAGGGGAAGAAAACCAGAUAGCUCCUCAUCUUCACUUCAAAGGAUGCUCAUGGAUGUUAAUGAAGAUGACGAUGAUGAUGAUGAUAACAUGACAAAGAAAGAGACUAGACCUCGACCUCGGGUAACUAGGAAUUAUGGUGCUUUAAGGAGGUGACUGUAGCUGGAACUUCUGAUACCAUUUGUUUCAUUCAGGGAUGUUGAUUAUGAUGACUGAAUUUGUGUACGAGUUGUAAAUAUACACUAGUAAUUAAGUUGCAGAGUGUAUUGUCACUGUUGAUAUGCGAGGAAUAGGUCUCAUUUCUUUGAAGUUUACAGAUACAGUUGGCUUCAAAUCUAAUCCAAUUUUGGACAUGCAUUUGCUCUAUUGAA